CUCCCUGCCGAGCAACUCGUCCAGCGCCUGUUCCCUGGCCAUCAGCACGUCGCGCGCCCUCCUGCUCUCUCUGCUCGGCCUCCUCUCCAUCUCUCUGAUCGGCCUCCUCUUUCUUCCCUAUCUUCCAUGGCCGGUGCCCUCUCGAACCGCCUCUGCUCGCCAUGGAUGAUGGUCGUCGCGCCCCUGGCACUGGCCUCUACUCGGAGCUCCCUGGUGCCGAGUCCCUCCCAGCCAUGGUGCUCGCCGGCCUACAGCUCGCCCUCAGCCGUGCCCUGGUGCCGCGCCCCAAGUUUUUUUCCCCCGCGCGGCAACUUGGCUCCCUGCAAGCUGCAGCACCCGAGAUUCUCUCUCUUCCCCAACACGUCUUCUUUCCCAUCGUGCCAUGGCCGCGCGCUGCCGGAGCUCCCUGCUCGCCGCGCUCUGGUUCGGUUUCUGGCUCGUCGCGCGCGUUCCGUUCUCCCUGUGUGCGCAGCCGCGCUCCACCUCGCCCCAUCGCGGCACUCCAGCGCCUGCUCGCCAUGGCUGGCCUCGCGCUGGCUCCCUGCUCGGCCGCCGACCUGUCUGUGCUCGUGCUGAUCUUGGACGCCACCGCGCCUCAACCUCGCCAUGAACCUGGUUGUGUCUGUCCGCUGCUCUGGCUCGCCGGCGGUCAGUGCCCUCGCCCGGCCUUCAGCUUGCCUUGCCUCGGGCUGGCACAUCCUUGCCGAAGCGCCAUGCUCUGUGGGGGUGCUCCCCAUCGGCAUCGCUUCAACCGCUCGGCCCUGUUCCCUGGCCAGCGCUCGACUCUGAGCUUCUAUCUUCCUGCGCCGUUGUUCCACUUGCAGCUAGUGGAGGUGGACCUCGGCAGCGUACCCAUCGCCGUAGAGCUCCCAGACACGUUCCUCUCUGCUCGUUCGUCCUCGGUUCUGACCAGAUCUCGCGCACGUGGUUUUAAAGCUAUGCACAUUCGUCGUGCCGCGUUGUCUGUCGAUGUUCACUCCCGACAGACCUCGCCGUCGACCUUAUUCAAGUGAUUGCUCGGCGUCCAUCUCUAGCUCGUCGAAUCCCCUUGCUUCUCCCUCCUUCUGCCCGUUUUCAAAGCCGCCGUGCGCGCGUCAGCUCCGCUGUUGUUGCUGCGGUGUGGGUACUAGUGGUAGAUCAAGGCCGCCAAGUCCGAUCCGCUCCUCUGCGUGCAGUUCGCCGUAACUUCCGUCCGUUGUGGUUGCCAGUCGUCGACCCUGCUUGGAUUCUAUCUCACCAGCUCGCUCCAGACUUGAUCUCGUUGUCGUUCCAUGCGUCAUAAAAAAAUCCCAAGAAUCGGGUGAAGACAAAGCUAGCAGCGCGAUAUUCUCCAAGCGCUCGACAAAUUGCCUGGAUCAGAAAAUCGCUACCGAUCUUGCGGCGAUCUUGCGGCUUCGAGUCAGCUGCUGAAACGGUAAGCUGAUAAAUUAUUUAGAAUAGUUCAAUCGUUGAAUAAAUUAAUGUGCUAGUGCGAUACACAUUAAGGUGCUCGAUAAAUUGCGUAAGUCACGAAACUCUCGUCGACUUCGCAGUUCUUGCGAUUAUCGAGCCAGGUUCAGUUAGAGCGAAUUAUUUCGCUAUUUCGGUCAAUCAGCUGAAUUAGUGUACCGAGUAGAAUAUGAGUAGGCCUGUGUAAUGAUAAAAUAUUUUAAUCACUUCUAUAGAUGUAUGUAUAUUCACGAUAAAGAAAUAAUUAAUUAAUUGUUGAUAUGUAAAAUAUGUGAGGAGAAAAAUAAAA